AUGCUGCAGUUCUGGCCUUUGGAUACGACGCAUUUAGAUGCGCUCUUUCUCUAUAACAUCGUUUAUCGUGCCUUCUUCCACCCUCUGGCAAAGUAUCCAGGGCCUUUGCUGAGCAAAUUCACCAACUUGUACAGCGCGUAUCAUGCCUGGAAAGGUGACAUACACCUGGAUGUUCUUCGUUGUCACCAGAAAUACGGCGACCGUGUGCGCUAUGCUCCAAAUCGUGUUUUGAUUAAUAGUCCAGAGGCUCUUAGAGACAUCUACGGUCAUGGAGCACACGUGAGAAAAUUCGAUGGAUAUAUGGUACUGUCAUCCCAGGCCGUAAACACUCUGACCAUGUCAGAUAAGGCUCAACACGCUCGCCGGAGACGAGUUAUCAGCCAGGCCUUUUCCGAGAGCAGUCUACGACUGUUUGAACCUACCAUUAUUUCCAGGAUCGACAGAUUUUGCCAAGUCAUACGCGGCCAUGCUUCAUCUGAAGGGAAAUGGACCGAGCCCCAGGACAUGGCACAUGGAUGCAAGUACAUAUGGAUCUUGAAUAUCGUCACUCAUUUGACGUUUGACCUGAUGACAGCCCUGUCCUUUGAUGCCGACUAUCGUACCAUGGAGGAGCCGCAAUUUCGCUACGUGGUGCCAGCCAUCGAAGAAUCGAAUAUCCGGCUAAGUGUGCUUUGGCAGGCAUCCGAAUUAACUUUUGGUCAUUUGGAUCGCAAGUUACUGCCACGGUCGGCCAGAGCAGCUAGGACGUUCGUGAAAUUCCUCCGAAUGUUGCUGACGAGCCGCCUGGAGCAGGAUAAGACGGGAAAUAGGGACAUUUUCUCUUUCCUGCAGCAGUGUAAAGACCCUGAUACAAACAAGGGAUUAAGUCUCAAGGAGCUGGGCACAGAGAUUGCGACAUUCGUCGUAGCUGGUACGGACACUUCAUCGACGACCAUGGCUGCAUUAUCCCAUUAUCUCACAGGCUCAGCUCGGUGCUACCGUCGAGCAGCAGCGGAAGUACGCACAACUUUCGCAUCAGCUGACGAGAUCCGACUCGGGCCCAAGCUCAACUCAUGCGUGUUCCUGCGUGCCUGUAUGGAUGAGGCACUGCGUCUGGCACCGCCAGGGGGUGAUCCGCUCUGGCGCGUGGUUGAAGAGGACGGUGCUGCCAUCGGCGGGGAUUUCAUACCCGGCGGUUGCGAAGUCGGUGCGGGCAUCUACGCGAUGCAUCACAGCCCGGAGAACUGGGAGGGUCCCAUAAGCUUCACACCCGAGCGAUGGCUUGACAAAACGGGCCCCAGACAGCCGUAUUUUCCCUUCAACAUUGGUCCCAGGAGUUGUGUGGGGAAGCCGCUCGCCAUCGCUCAGGUCACGCUUACCUUUGCCCGUCUGCUCUGGGAAUUCGACGUUCGGAGGGCAGACAGUGUUAGUUUUCCUGGUGAGGGGAAUGACACAAGGCCAACACAAUACGUGCUCAAGGACCACGUCACAGGGAAGAAAGAAGGUCCCGUGUUGUGCUUUCGCCGUCGACUUUGA